GAGAGAAGGGCUCCGGGCUCCGGCUCCAGGACGCGCUCGAGUGUGCAGCUGCUUGUUUGGGGAAUGCAGAAAAUACCGCGCGACAUUCCACACGGCGCUGCCCAUAUUCAUUCCGCAACAGGUUUCGAAUUAUCUUUGCCCUACAUUCCAAAACGCGCCUCUCCACCUCUCCCUUUUUUCGAUACACAUCGGAAAAUAUAAUUAACUCGGAUAAUUUACCUUGAACGGCAAUCAAAGGCUCCGGUCUUAAUUUCGAUAUACGGAGAAAGAGAAGAGAUGUUAGCGGAUUUUAAUUCCCUUUUGUUGGGUUGAUUCGUAAAUAAGCUCCGUUUUACUUAACAAACUGAAUUUCUAUAUUUAAAAGAUGUUAUAAUAGUACAAGUACCAAUUGGUAAAUGAUACACUCUUAACUGCUUGCAAUAGAUAAAAUGAAUAGAUUAUACUGUGGAUAAUAUUGGGUUUUUUUUUUUUUUUUUAGAAGAAAUGAUUCAAUAAUUAUAUAGCGGAACUUAUUUACACAGACAAAAUUACAGACCAUUACAGAAAAAAAAGAAGUGUCAAAUCGAAACUUAUAUACUCCUAUAUAUACGUAACAAUCUAUAAUCUUGUAAGAAUUUCAACUUUUUUUUUUAACUUUUUUUUCUUUUGGUUGAACUUCGUUAACAUUACUAUAUAAGCGACGGUUGUUCCAAUUUGUUGGUAAACUAACUAAUAGUUAAAUCAUAUAUGGCCUUUUCCUUCAAAUUAAACAAAAAUAGACAUUUGACUUAACUAUUAGUUAGUUCGCCAACAAGUUAAUUGGAAUAUCCGACUCUUAACGACUUCAAGCAAGUUCAUUCAAGCAAGUUUUCUCUUUAACGAAAUAUAAUCUCAUUUCUCAUUUCCAGGUUAUAGAUACGAGUAUGUAUUUGUUGAUUUGACACUUCUUUUUUUUCUGUGUCUAAAUCAACCUAUACACACACUAUAUCUUUGUGCAGAAAUCGAUCGCUUUGAAUGGAUCGCAAAUUCACGUAUAAACUUCGUAAAAAAAAACCGUAUCAGUUCUCUUUCUUUGCGAUAAAGAUAUUUCUUCUAUUAGCCGACAGCGUUUCCGCAAGUGAACAAUGUUAACACUCUCUCGUACCACAACGUUGAUCCCGACAAACCGGCAAACGACUUAAUGCGAUCUGCCUGUUUACUAGACAGCGCACUUAACUGACAAUCGGUUGACGCGGUGACGCCGAGUGUUGCGCGUGCAAUGCGCGCGUUUUCCGCUGCGAAUGACCGGAGUGGCCUGGUGGUCGCCGCGCCGAUCGGUGAAAGCGCGAUCAUCAAUGGUAACUCCGCGUGAUAACGUUCCUCACGAGGAGCCGCUUCUAGCCUGCCGAUGUCCCUGCACUCGUGAACCCUCUCCACGAUGAGGAGGAGCGGCAUGAACGGACGAGGAGUCGGCGACAACGGCGAAGGAGCGUUGGUCCUGCUCCUCGUCGCAUUGACUCCUGUUAUCUGCUCCGCCGGAAUCCUGGACCCUUGGCAGUGGGCGCGCAGCGAUCGGAUCGAAGUCAACAUACCUUGGCUGCCUUUCGAGAACGAGACGCGCUGUUACGACGAGCUGGGCUGCCUGAACAUCACCAGGAGCUGGUACCACCUCAUUCAUCGACCCCUCAACGUUUUCCCGUUGCCGCGGGAGGUCAUCAAUACCAGAUUCAUCCUCUACACGCAUAAGAAUCCCCUGGACGUAAGUUCGACGUUUCGACGGAUAAAUAUCCUAUUCGGACGACGACAGUCAGACGGCACGGGCGAGCGUCUCGAAAGCGCGUUUCGCGUUUUGGCGCGUAACGCGAAAGUGAAACCUGGAUGAGAUAGAUCGAAAUUCAUCGGCGACUAGAAUUUCACGGCUAGUAAAUCCGAUACGGUGUAAACGCUUCCGUAUAUAUGUAACCGCGCGCACAUCGAGAAAUUGUAUUUAAAAGCCCGUCGGGAUUCCGUCCCGCGACAAGAAUAACCGGACGGAGUAUCCUCCGUCUCGCCUCCUAUCGCGAGCGGGAUCAGCCGUAAAUAUUCAAUGCCCAUAGAUAUCUUAAUUAGUUUCAUUAAUUAAACAAAACUGCACGUGCCGGUGAACGGACGAUGGUGCUAACACGGCGCACGCCGCGUGCCAUUCUUACGUGCGUGAAGAUAAGAUUUCUGAUUUAUGAAUUAAUGGAUAUCCAAGGAGGAAGAGAGCUGCGGGUUUGUGUGAAGUAUCGUGCUGCGGUUUCAGCGGCAUAACGCGCGGUGAAAUCAACACAUGCCUACCACAUAACUGCGCACGCAAAUGUAUAUAUCAUUCGCCUCGCAUAAAAUCGCUGAAUCGUGAAAUUAAAAUUAAUACUUUUGUGCACUGCUUCAUGAUUCGCAAAUAAAAUCCGUGACGUCGCGAUAUUUUUAAUAAUAUU